AUUUUUCUUUUCAUUUUGUGUUUAUUUGCUAUCUUCUCUUGAAUAUGAAUCCAGAAAUUCCAAAGCAAGGAGAAGCCUUCUUAAACCUCUUCAAUCAAAAAUAUGAAGACUGGGCCAAUAACGGCAACAAAACAGAUCAAAAAGAUCCCAAAAGUAAAUAUCUCUCAACAGGAACUCUGAAAAAGAGAGAGGGUGGGGCAUUGGAGCCAGACGAAAAUGAUCGUGUGGAAUCCGAUUCUAAACUUCCAGGCCAUAAAAUCCACGGUUUCAGCAACGAGAUCAAGUCAUUGAAGAACUUCUUGCUGGACCAGAAGGUCUACAAUGAGUUCAAGACUCUUGUGGUUGUAGGAGAAUACGGUGUGGGGAAGACAGCUUUAUGCAAGACCAUUUUCAAUGAUGAAGACGUGAAGAGUGUUUACGCUCCAAGAAUCUGGGUGUCUAUGCAUAGCACUGAACGGUCUGCUGAAGACGUGGUAAGAUAUCUGUUUUAA